GUUUGCGGCCGCUCCUGCCGUAUUCCGUGGGCACCGAUGACGGGCGCUGUUUCUGCUGCCGGGGGCCGCGUCGCUGCCUGGUAAAGCCGUGUAGUUGAUGGCCGCGACCUCCACGCUGGGAUGAGCCGCGCUCCCGGGGGAGGAAGGGGAGCCGAGCCGGAGCCAUGGCCAGUACAGUGGUAGCAGUUGGACUCACUAUUGCUGCUGCAGGAUUUGCAGGUCGUUAUGUUCUGCAAGCCAUGAAACAUAUGGAACCUCAAGUAAAACAAGUUUUUGAAAGUCUACCAAAAUCUGCCUUCAGCGGUGGCUAUUACAGAGGUGGGUUUGAACCCAAAAUGACAAAACGGGAAGCAGCAUUAAUACUGGGUGUAAGCCCUACUGCCAAUAAAGGAAAAAUAAGAGAUGCUCAUCGACGUAUUAUGCUCCUAAAUCAUCCGGACAAAGGAGGAUCUCCUUAUAUAGCAGCCAAAAUCAAUGAAGCUAAAGAUUUACUAGAAGGUCAAGCUAAAAAAUGAAGUAAAUGUUUCAUGAAUUUUGAGUUCAUAUUAGUUUGUGUAUACAAGCACCAAUUUUUUAUAAUAAAAUGCCCAGUUACAAUUUUAAAAAAUGAUUUAGCACAAGCUAA